AUGUCUGCGAAGCCUGCAGACGCUUCUCGCCCACGGGCCGGUGACCCCAAGAAGGUCCAUAUCGCCGACACGGCCAUCACUCGUCAGAACUGGUACAAGCAUGUCAACUGGCUGAACGUCGUCCUCAUCAUCGGUAUCCCCUUGUACGGGUGCAUCCAGGCUUUCUGGGUGCCUCUGCAGCUCAAGACCGCCAUCUGGGCUGUUGUCUACUACUUCUUCACCGGUCUCGGUAUCACAGCAGGAUACCAUCGUCUUUGGGCUCACUGCUCCUACUCCGCUCGUCUGCCUCUGCGUAUCUGGCUCGCAGCCGUUGGUGGUGGUGCAGUCGAAGGCUCCAUCCGCUGGUGGGCUCGUGACCACCGGGCUCAUCACCGUUAUACCGACACCGACAAGGAUCCCUACUCAGUUCGCAAGGGUCUCCUUUACUCGCACCUCGGCUGGAUGGUUAUGAAGCAGAACCCCAAGCGUAUCGGCCGUACCGACAUCACCGAUUUGAAUGAAGACCCGGUUGUCGUGUGGCAACACCGCAACUACCUGAAGGUGGUCCUGAUGAUGGGGCUCGUCGUGCCCAUGCUCGUGGCCGGUCUCGGCUGGGGUGACUGGUUUGGCGGCUUCAUCUAUGCCGCCCUUCGACGACCGCAACUCCCCAGAGAUCACGUCAUCACUGCUCUGGUCACCCUUGGCGAGGGUUACCACAACUUCCACCACGAAUUCCCCUCGGAUUACCGCAACGCCAUUGAGUGGCACCAGUAUGAUCCCACCAAGUGGACCAUCUGGAUCUGGAAGCAGCUUGGUCUGGCCUAUGAUCUGAAGCAGUUCCGUGCCAACGAAAUCGAAAAGGGUCGUAUUCAGCAGCUCCAGAAGAAGAUCGACCAGAAGCGUGCCAAGUUGGAUUGGGGUGUUCCUCUCGACCAGCUUCCCGUCAUGGAGUGGGAUGACUAUGUUGAGCAGGCCAAGAACGGCCGCGGACUGAUCGCUAUUGCGGGUGUUGUUCACGAUGUGACCGAUUUCAUCAAGGACCACCCUGGUGGCAAGGCUAUGAUCAACUCCGGCAUUGGCAAGGAUGCUACUGCCAUGUUCAACGGUGGUGUUUACUAUCACUCGAAUGCUGCCCACAACCUGCUGUCUACCAUGCGUGUCGGCGUUAUCCGCGGCGGCUGUGAAGUUGAGAUCUGGAAGCGUGCUCAGAAGGAGAGCAGCGAAUAUGUCCGCGAUGAGUCCGGUCAGCGCAUUAUCCGCGCUGGUCAGCAGGUCACCAAGAUCCCCGAGCCCAUUCCCACCGCUGACGCGGCAUGA